AUGGCUAGUGCAGACGUUGUGCCAAAGGUGAUCCAAGGGCUUGGAGUCGGCUUCGUAGACUAUACGGAUGUCCUGCGGUCCUGCGGACCCAUAGAUCUGAAGAAAUCGUUUCGAGGCAUCCUUGAGGUUGACUCACCAAGUCGCGAUAAGUUGCGCGUUACUGUAAGCGACCGCGACCAGGCCAACAGGAUUGUUAACUAUGAGCUUUUUACGAGGGAGUACAAAACUUACCUGCCUAGCCUCGAGAUAGAGUGCCAAGGAGUGGUCAAUGACGACAGUUUGACUCGUGCCUCCAUCUUGUCUGGAGCUGGUGGGUUUAAAAAUCGUGCCGUCCCACUGGUUCCAGUACUUGAUGCCGUUCAAAUGAAUAAGGCACAACCUGAUGGCUCAACAAAGCCGUCAAAAUCUAUUAGGGUGACCUUUCCUGGCUCGGCUUUACCAAGCGUUCUCGUGAUUGGGCUCCUUCGCUUACCUGUUCGUCUCUACGAACCGAAGGUCAUGCACUGUGAAAAAUGCCGGCAGUUGGGCCAUACCGCACUUUAUUGCAGUAAUAAACCACGUUGUGGUAUGUGUGGUGAACAACAUGCCGAGGACCCCUGCAACACGGAGCCAAAAUGCGUAACUUGUGGUGAAACACCACCUCACGAGCUCAGUGCAUGUCCAAAGUACGUAGAGCGGGAGAAACGUUCUAUAAAUUCUUUAAAGCAGCGGUCGAGGAGGUCAUAUGCAGAAAUGCUCAAAAACAUCAUCCCGGCCGCUGUUCCAACUACCCAACCUCCAACUAACAACAACAUCUUUGCAUCCCUGCCAGAUGACGAUCAAGGCUCUGACGCUGAGGGUGGUGUAGAGUACACUGUAAUUGAGACAGGGACGAAAAGGAAGCGAGCUGUUGCAAAGCGGCACAUGCAACAGCGAGCUUCUCAAACCAUUCCUGUUGCUCAACCAGCUUCUCAAACCCCUCUGGUAAAAUCAAGAAGUGGCGGAAACACCAAAAAGGAUGAAUGUUCCGGAAGGAAAAAAGGUGCCGUUGCGACCCAGGCGGGAGCCGUCGGACGUGGGUUGUUCUGGCACCACCAACAGCAGCAGCAGUUGACGAACCAAGACUAG